AUGACAACGAAGAUGUUGCUGCGAGAUUCACAUCCACAUCCACAUUCACAGUAUCAAUCGGAAGAUGUCAACCUUGUUAAUAGCUUUUGGGGACCCGAUUUCAACGGUUAUAAUGUUGUGUGUGAUAAAUUGGAUCAUUCAAUUCAAACCAUGGAAGAAAUUUUACAUUAUUAUCAAGAACGAAUCAAUAUCGAACAAGAUUAUUGUAAGAAAUUAGAUAAAUUGAAUUCAAAAAUAUCGAUUGGAUCUAAAGAAAUUGGAUCUUUGAAAGUUGGAUUAGAAAAAUUUAAAAUUGAAAAUCAACAAAUGAUUCAAUAUAAUCAUAAAUUCAUCAAAUCGGUUAAUGUAUUAAAUUAUGAUACUUUAAAUCAAUUCUUUAAAACAUAUGUUAAACGAAUCAAUAAAAUCAAAACUCAUAUCAAUAAAUUAAUUUCAAAAUUAACAUCUUCCCACAAACAUUUAAAUCAUAGUAAACAAUUAUAUUUUGAAACUUGUUCAUCAUUAAAAUCAUUAAAAUUAAGUGUUAAAACUACUUGGGGUAAAGAAGGGGAAAAGAAUCAAGCUAAUUUAAUGAAACUUCAAUCCAAUAUUUCCAAAAUCGAACAUGAAUAUCAAUCAUCCAUAACGAAUUAUAAUGAAUUAUUAUCGAUCUUUAAUCAUGAUUGGUCAUUAGCUUUGAAUGAUAUUUAUAAAUUAGAAAUUGAACGAAUUCAAUUAUGUAAAGUGAAUUGUUUCAAUUUUUGUAAUAAUGUCGCCACUUUAUGUGUUGAUAAUGAUCAAUCGGUUGAUAGUGUAAGAUCAGUACUUGCUAAAGUUCAACCUCAAGUAGAUUUACAAGAUUUUACUAAAUAUUAUGGAACGGGGAAUAAAAUGGUUAAACAUUAUAAAUUCAUUGAUUUCUUAAAUGGAUAUGAUGAAUCAUCGGUUAAUGAAGUUGAAUUUCAAUCAGCUCAAUUCAUUGAUCCUGAUUUUGAACCUAUAUUAUCCAGAAAUUAUUCAACUUAUUCUCAAGCUUCAGAAGCUGUUAAUGGAUCCCAAUCAUCUUCAAAUCAUAAAAUUAAUCAAAAUCAUAUUUUCAAUCUGUCACCAUUAAAGUAUAAACCAGUACCAAAAUUACCUCCAUCAACUCCAUCACCUCAAAAAUCUCAAAGUAUACCAAUACAUACCAAUAGUCAUCGAUCUAAUUCAAUUUAUAGUUCAAGUCCAGAAGAUACUAAAGCUGAUGUAUUUUCCAUUCAUAAAACCAAGAAUUCAAUCACCAGUAAUGGAUAUACCAAUUCUAACUAUUCGAAUCCAACCAAUUAUUCAUCAGGAAAUACCAAUACUAAUCAAGUAAAUAUUGCCACUUCCACCACCGGAUCUAAUUAUUCAACUGAGAAUAGAAAUUGGUCAUCACCAAGACGGAAAGAGAAACAAUUGAAUCAAUUCCAAGAACAAAUUAAUAAAAUGUCUCAAGAUCGAAGUCCAUCAAAGAAUAGUAAAUCAAAUAGUAAUAAUACUACUAAUACUCAAAAAGUACCGAUUAUGAAAGAUUUUUCAAUUGAUUUUAUAGCUAAAGCAUUAGAAGAUUUAAAUUCAGGAGGUAAUGGAGAUGUUAAUCAAUAUAGAAGAUCAGUAAGGUUAGCUAAAGAACAUGAAGAUAAAUAUGUUAAUCAAAGACAAAGUAAAACAGAACCAAAUACUCCAUUUAAACAACCAACCUCUGAUUUUAUUGAUGAUCACAAUGAAAUAGCGACCAGAUAUAAUUCGAUCAAUUUCAAUUCACCAUCAAAGACUACAACCAACACUAAAGUAUUACAUCAGAGACCAAAAUCAAUGCUUAUUGAUGAAUCUCAUAAAUCAUUAUCGAGUUCGCACCAUAGACGUUCAUUACUGAAAUUACCAAGUACAUCAUACAACGACUUAUAUUCCAUGAUAAAUAAUAAUGAAAAUAAUAACAAUACUACACCUAUAACCAAAAGUCCAUUCAUCACCAAGGCCAAAGCCAAAUAUAGUUAUAAACCUCAACAAGAGGGAGAAUUGCUUUUUAAGAAGAAUUGGAAUAUGUAUAUAUUACACAAGCAAGAGGAUAAUUGGUUUAUAUGUGAAUUAGGUAAUAAUUGUGGGGAUAAUAUUGGUAUGGUAGGGUUAGUACCCGGUAAUUAUUUACAAGAAGGUUCAAAUAUAUUUUAA